AUGGCUCACUCUAUUUGCACUGAUUCACAAUACGAACCUUCAGAAAUCGAUCCUCAAGAUCAAGCUUGGGACGAUUGGUCCAAUGAUGAAGAGGAAGAAGAAGAGUCUCAAUGUUUAUUCUGUCCUCACAUUUUCCCUAAAACUAUCGAGACUUUCAAACAUAUUAAAAAUGAGCAUGGAUUUGACUUCCAAGCUGUCAAGCGUGAACUCGGUCUUGAUUUCUACAAGUGUAUCCGUAUGAUCAAUUAUAUCCGUGAACAAGUACAAGCACAUCCCGAACUCGCUACUUCCAAAGAAUUCAAGUUGACAGGAUCAGAACCUUUCUGGACCGACGAUAAAUAUUUACAACCUGUAUUAGCCGAUGACGCUUUAUUAUUUGCAUUUGAAGAAUUAGACGACGAGGAAACAGCCGAGCCAGUGGCUGCAUUUGCUCCUUUACCUUCGAUUGAUUUAUCUGCAGUAAAGACGAGCACUGAGUUAGAAGCACAAUUACUCAAGUUAUUGAUGGCCACGCAAGAAACCACCGUGAACCUUGAAGGACAAUUUGAGGAAUACAAGAGCAUGGUCAAAAAGACCUUUUUUGACUCGAUUGCCAAUGAAGGUAACGGAGAGAGCAAAUCCGGUGCUGUGAUCGAUCAAGGCAACUACUAUUUCAACGGUUAUGCCCAAAAUGAUAUUCACGAACAAAUGUUGAAGGAUAGAGCACGUACAGAGGCCUACCGUGAUUUUGUGUAUGAAAAUAAGGACGUGUUCAAGGACAAGAUUGUGUUGGAUGUGGGUUGUGGCACAGGUAUCUUAUCCAUGUUUGCCGCCAAAGCCGGUGCCAAACAAGUGUUUUCUGUGGAUAACUCUGCCAUUAUUGAAAAGGCUAAGUUGAACAUCAAGGAAAAUGGAUUGGAUCAUAUUAUUACAUGUGUACGUGGUAAAGUGGAAGAAAUCGAAUUACCCGUACCUCAAGUGGAUAUCAUUAUCUCGGAAUGGAUGGGAUAUUUCUUGUUGUUUGAAGCCAUGUUGGAUUCUGUUUUGGUUGCACGUGAUCGUUGGUUAGCACCCAAUGGUAUUAUGGCACCCAGUCAAACACGUAUCUUGAUGGCUGCAUUGGAUGAUGAGGAAUUAAAGGAUGAUAAGGUUAACUUUUGGAAUGAUGUGUACGGAUUCAAGAUGAGCGCUAUGAAGGAACCUAGUUUGAAUGAAGCCGUUGUGGAUUUCAUCAAACCUAGCAGUGUUGUGUCCACAGUCGUCACCUUGAAGGAUUUACCUCUUCAAACAAUCACAAUCAAGCAAUUGGAUUUUGUUAGUAAGUUUGAAGUGGAGGUAAAGAAGGAUGGUGUGGUGACCGCAUUUGGUGGCUGGUUUGAUACUUGGUUCACCCGUGAUGGACAUUCGAUUCCUGCUGACCGAGAAUCCCAAAAGGUGGAAGGUGAGAUCUUUAUGACAACCAGUCCAUUUGGAGAAGAUACACAUUGGAAACAAACCACAUUCAUUUUGGAAAAACCCAUCAAGGUCACUCAAGGUACAAAGAUCUCGGGUGUCUUCACUUGUCAUAAGGGUGCUGAAAACCCUAGAGAAUUAGAAGUCGAGAUUGAAUACUUUGUUAAUGGUGAAUCCAAAAUCCAAAACUUUUUCUUGCAAUCCUCAUAA